CAGUUCUUGGAGACGGGUCCUGAAUUGGGAAAUAACUACACGGAAGUGAUUGCACCACAAGAUGUUGCGACAUAUGGUGGACUUUGUGCACUUGCUAGUUUUGACAGGACAGAGUUGAAGAACAAAGUUAUAGACAAUGUCAGUUUCCGUAAUUUCUUAGAGCUGGUGCCAGAAGUAAGGGAGCUUGUUAAUGAUUUCUAUUCAAGCCGUUACGCUUCAUGUCUUGAGUACCUUGAAAAUCUCAAAGCCAAUCUGUUGCUUGACAUCCAUCUGUAUGACCAUGUUGAGACUCUGUAUAAUCAAAUCCGUCACAAAGCCCUUAUCCAAUAUACGCACCCAUUUGUGUCUGUUGAUCUGCACAUGAUGGCUAGUGCCUUUAAAACAAGUGUUGCUGGGCUGGAGAAAGAACUUGAAGCAUUGAUUACUGACAACCAAAUACAGGCUCGAAUAGAUUCACACAACAAAAUUCUAUAUGCGCGACAUGCUGAUCAAAGGUAUGCAACAUUCCAACGGGUCCUGCAGACCGGCAGUGAGUUUGACCGUGAUGUCAAGGCAAUGUUGCUGAGGGCUAAUCUACUGAAGCAUGAAUGCAACGCGAGAGCCUCUGCAAGGAAAUGCCUCUAAAAUGGAUAGCAUUGACAAGCAUGCUCUGAUGUGGUUUCACAUGCGCGGUAUUGGUCUACUAAUAUAUGGUAUGGAGCAAGUUUUUAGAGGACAGGUGAAAAUGUUAAUGUGUUUGUGGAGCCCCAUUUUUCUGGAAAUCUUCUGCCAUUCAGCUGUAUUCUGCACCCUGCAUUUUUGAGUAUGCCAGUCUCCAUGUAUAUAUGGCUGAGUCUCGAGUCUCGAGUCUCUUGACUGCAGUGUAUAUGCUAUUGCGUUUCAUUGGUUUUGUGGUUGGUUAGCAAAAAUAGUAUGAAGGUCUACAUUGCCAUGAAACACUAGGAAGUUCGAAUUUUGAGUCUCUGAACAAGGAGAAAUUGAUAGUAAUCUCAAUAUCAAAGGUCAGUUGUAGAACACGCACGAAUUCUUGUUGAGUUUACUCUAUGCCAAGUUUUUUCCCUCA